AUGGCGACUUUUUUCCAGAGUGUGCGCCAAGGGUUUGGCCGUGGAGGAAACAAUAAGAAUAACCCUCCCAAAAGCCCAGCACAGCCGCCUCAGGCCCCGCAAUCUCCCGCGCCGAGCAACAUGCCUACCUCACCCUCAUUUCCAAAUCACGCCAGUGCGGAUAAUGCUGUCGCCAAUGACGCCGAUGCCCCCAAGUACUUCUUUCAGGAGAAGUAUGCGCCGCUGAACGUGAGGGGUAACUUCCUGACCCUUUGCGCCUGUCCGAAGAACGUGGAGCUGGGAGAAUGGCUGGCCCAUCAAAUCGUCGAGCAAUACCGCCUUCUUCAUGGCAUGCUUCAGGUCAUCCAGGAGACCAACAGUGUCACGGGUCUGCCAAUAUGCAAUGAAAGCACAUGUCCGACCAUGUCGGCUGGCAGAUUGACCUACACCUGGCUUGUCGACGGUCGUGCUGCCAAGAUUUCCGCUCCCAAAUUCAUCAACCGCGUUGAGAAGUGGAUUGUCAGCAAGAUCCAUGACCCUGUCAUGUUCCCCACCGAGAAAGUCAACGGUAUCCCCGAAACUGCCUCCAUGAGAGACGCUGGUGCUGCUCCUGCAGCAGGACCCCCUGCUACAUCAUCAGAAGCUGGCGCUCCAUCGGGAAACAGCGGCGCCACGGCUGACGAGUGGAUUGGCCAAUCCAGCGGUUUCCCCCAGACCUUCUACAAGGACUGCCAGGGUAUUAUGAAGCAGAUGUUCCGAUGCUAUGCUCAUCUGUACCAUGCCCACUGGCUUAACCCAUUCUGGCACAUCAAUAAGCACGACAUCCUCAAUAUGUGCUUCGUCCACUUUGUCACAGUUGCCAAGUACUACCAGCUUGUAUCGGACAAGGAAAUGGAGCCUAUGCAGCCCCUGAUUGACUUGUUCAUCAAGCAGCAGCGGGUACCACCCGAGGCGCUGAAUGGCGGCCACUGGGCUCAACAGCCGGCUGCAGCCUGA